UUUUGUUCCAUGUAAAAGAAAUGGUGAGAGAUGGUGAAGAAGAAGAAGAGAUGAUGAUGAUGAUAGCAACAAAACCUGCAUGGCUUGAAGGUUUAAUGGCGGAAACUUUCUUCUCAAGCUGUGGAAUCCACGAAACUCGCCGUAAAAGCGAAAAGAACGUUUUUUGCUUACUCUGUUGUCUCAGUGUUUGUCCUCACUGUCUCCCUGCACAUCGCUCUCAUCCUCUUCUUCAGGUGAGACGAUACGUAUACCACGACGUCGUUCGGCUGAGUGAUCUUGAGAAGCUCAUAGAUUGUUCAUAUGUUCAGCCAUAUACAAUUAAUGGAGCCAAAGUGAUAUUCAUAAACCAAAGACCACAAUCAAGAGCUAAGGUUUCUUCAAAUGUUUGCUUCACUUGUGUUAGAAUCCUCCAAGAACCAUUCCACUUUUGUUCCCUCUCUUGCAAGGUGGAUUAUUUAUCAUAUCAAGGAGAUGAUUUAUCAAGCAUUCUCUAUAGAAUUGAUGAAUCGGACUUCACGUUCGAGGGUUUGAGAAUGGACGGACAUGAUCAGCUCGGAGAAAUAUCGACGAUGGAGGAUGCGGAGGAUAUAAUGGUAAUUUCAGAUGAAUCGGAGCAAGGUAACAAUAGUCAUAAGAAAGAGAAGAAGAAGAAGAACAAGAAGAAGAAGCAAGAGAGCAAUUACUUGCCUGGGAUGGUUCUUUCAUCACUUGGUAAUAGAAGAAAAGGUGCUCCUCAUAGGGCUCCUUUUUCAUAAUUAUAAAACAAUAAAAUCAUAGGGAAAAAUCAUUUACAUAUAUUUAAAAAAUAAGCAUUCCAUAUAAAUAUGUAUCGUGUUUCUUUUAUUAGGUAUAUCUUGUAACGGGUACGAUAAAAUAAGUAGUACUCUUUUAUCACGAAAAUGUGUUUAGUUAUUUGUGGGGUUUUUUUCUUUCUAUUGUGGGUAAUGUGAAAUUAGCUUCUUACUUGUAUUUGUUGAUGAAUUAUUGGUCUCUUCAUGAAUAAAAGAAGUUGUAUGUG